AUGUCAAGUGCCCAUCUGCAGCUAGGGGCCACCUGCUCCGACAGCGUCCGGUUGCCAGCGGAGCUUGUGGGAGCGCGGAGGGGGCGUGGUGCCGCGGGGCGCGAGCGGGAGUGGCGAGGCGCGCAGGCGCAGACCGAGCAGGACCGACUGUGGCCGGAGCUCGGCUGCCGAGGCUACGUGACCGCCGGUGAGUGGGUGCCGCCCGCCGGGUUCGAUGGUCCUCCAGGCUUUCGUCGUGGGGGGAGGACUACGCACCCUGGGCCGCCAGAGGGGCGCGGAAGGGGCUGUGAAUCCCGCCGCCCCUGCAUGCCUCACUUUUCCCGCCCGGACAGUGGGUCUGCGGAUACCCUUGUGCCCGGGCGGCGCGCUGGACUCCAGCCGCCGGACCUGCUCUUGUUGUCGCUGUUGUUUAGAGUUUCUUCUAAUUUGAAGCCGAUUGCUGUGGAAAAUCAGUUUGGUGGUUCUUUGAUAAGUCAAACCCAGAAUUUCCACAUGACCCAGCAAUUCUACUCAGCCCCCAUACUCAGCCACCAGGCCCCUAUCACCUUGGACAGUGAAGGAAUGGCCACCCAGCUGCUGGCUGACGAGGCCCUGGGCCUAGUGACCUUCAAAGAUGUGGCUGUGGACUUCACCCAGGAGGAGUGGCAGCAGCUGGAGCCAACUCAGAGAGAUCUGUACCGUGACGUCAUGCUGGAGAACUUCCAGAACCUGAGCUCACUGAAUUUGGAAUCCUGGCCUGACAGGGACAUCCCAGAGGCAGCCGUGCCUGCAGGAGAGCCUCCUGGAUUGGCCCUGGCCGAGAUGGGAGAGGCCGAGAGGGCAGCAGGAAGGGCCACUACAGAACAGUCCCGAGAAUCCCAGCCGGGAAUUUCAGAAGGGGGUGCCUUCCGCAGUGGCGACUGGACUGGGAGCCAGGUCCCCGCGGAGCCCCUGGCGGUGUGGAGCCCUGUGUGUGCAGCGAGUGCAGGGAGACCAUCGCGCAGCGGGCCGACCUGGCACAGCACCAGCACACGCACGCCCGAACAAGCCAUUUGUGUGCAGCCAGUGUGGGAGGCGCUUCGACGGGAAUGCCAGGCUCAGCGUGCACCCACGCAUGCACUUGGGGGAGAAGCGAUUUACAUGCGCUGAGUGUGGCAAGGCUUUUAGCCAGCGUGCCAACUUCGCAGUGCACCGGUGCAUCCACACGGGCAAGCACCCCUACCACUACGCCCAGUGUGGCUGGGCCUUCAUGCAGAACAUGCAGCUGGUCCAGUGCACACACACCAGCAAGCG